UCUUCAUAUCUUAAACUCACCCACAAAAAAAAAAACUACAACUUUCUAACAGAAAGAAGGAAAAAAAAACAUUGUUGAGAGAAAAAUUUUUUAAUACAAUGGAAGGAAGAAAUAUAAAAAAUGGUGAUAAUAACAAGAUAUCGGGUUCUUCUCUACAGUUAGAGAAGAACCCGAUAUCUCCACCACUAGAAGUCGAGGCUUCACUUAAGAAGCUCGGCUUGGUGGCAUCUAUAGCGGCCGGGGUCCAGUUUGGGUGGGCCCUACAGCUCUCCUUACUGACCCCGUACGUUCAACUCUUGGGCAUUCCCCAUACUUGGGCUGCAUACAUCUGGCUAUGCGGCCCAAUCUCUGGGAUGAUUGUCCAACCUUUGGUGGGGUACUAUAGUGAUCGGUGCACCUCCAAAUUCGGCCGACGUCGCCCCUUUAUAGCCGUCGGGGCGGCUUUGGUGGCCGUAGCGGUGUUCUUGAUCGGAUUUGCGGCCGAUAUUGGCCACGCGUCAGGGGACCCGAACGGGAACGUUGCGAAACCACGAGCCAUUGCGGUAUUCGUGGUUGGGUUCUGGAUCCUUGACGUGGCUAACAACACCCUGCAAGGUCCAUGCAGGGCGUUGUUAGCUGACAUGGCAGCCGGGUGUCAAACCAAAACCCGGUACGCCAACGCUUUCUUUUCAUUCUUCAUGGCCUUAGGAAACAUAGGUGGUUACUCAGCCGGCUCAUACAGCCGACUGUAUACCGUGUUCCCUUUCACAAAAACAGCCGCAUGUGACAUCUACUGCGCCAAUCUAAAAUCCUGUUUUUUCAUCUCCAUCACCCUCCUCAUCAUCCUCACCAUACUAGCGCUCUCGGUGGUCCGAGAGCGCCAAUUCUCCCUGGACGAAAUCCAAGAAGAAGAAGACUUAAAAAACGCAACCGGAGGAUGUGCCAGGCUCCCAUUCUUCGGACAACUAAUAGGCGCACUAAAAGAUUUACCAAAACCAAUGUUGAUCCUUCUACUAGUAACAUGCUUAAAUUGGAUUGCAUGGUUCCCAUUCUUGUUGUUCGACACAGAUUGGAUGGGCAAAGAAGUGUACGGUGGUAAAGUGGGUGAAGGAAAGGCGUACGACAUGGGUGUUCACGCGGGUGCGUUGGGAUUGAUGAUUAAUUCGGUGGUUUUAGGUGUCAUGUCACUUAGUAUCGAAGGUUUGGCUCGCUUGGUAGGAGGUGCCAAAAGGUUAUGGGGUAUCGUUAAUAUUAUUCUUGCCGUUUGUUUAGCAAUGACGGUUUUGGUCACCAAGUCCGCCGAGCACUACCGUGACACACACCAUGUGCCGGGUUCUACCGUUCCCCCGCUUCCGCCUCCCGGUGUUAAGGGUGGCGCGUUGGCUAUUUUUGCCGUCCUUGGUAUCCCUCUUGCGAUCACAUUCAGUAUCCCCUUCGCCUUGGCAUCAAUCUUUUCAGCAAAUUCAGGUGCAGGACAAGGUCUCUCUCUAGGAGUUCUUAACCUUGCAAUCGUUGUACCACAGAUGUUUGUGUCGGUAACAAGUGGGCCGUGGGAUGCAAUGUUUGGUGGGGGUAAUUUGCCAGCAUUCGUGGUGGGAGCCGUAGCAGCAACUGCCAGUGCAAUUCUUUCCUUUACAUUGCUACCUUCUCCUCCUCCUGAUGCCAAGAUUGGAGGGUCCAUGGGUGGCCAUUAAUAAAUUUUUUAAAAAAAAUUAUAGAUUUGAAAAGAAAAAGGAAAAAAAGAAAAAAAGUUAACUUGUCUCUGUAAUUAGAGAGAAAAGAAAAAUAUUGAAUGAAGCUGUUAAUUUUAUGCAUGCUUCAUUCAAAAUGUAAUUUCUCUCUACUCUCUUUUUUUUUUUUUUUUUUUUUUGGUGUAACUUUUGUGACUUGUUUUUGAGAUGAUUAAGGAAGUGUUAGAGAAUGGGGGAUUGGCAAGAAAUUGCUGGGGUAUAAAUAUUGUCCCUCUUUGUAAUUUUCAGUAACAUUUGAUAGUCAGAAAUUGAAAAAUCAAACAAAAUGAGUUGCUCUCAUUUUUCGAUCGA